AUGAUUGAGCCCAUUAGACUGCCGCUGAGGAGAGUUAAGUUUGAAGAAGGCAUAAACGGUACAGGUGGAAUGGCUGAUGGUGCGCAAGAGCAUGGGAGCGAUGCACAUGUUGAUCUCAACGACUUUGUGUGUAUGUUUGCUAGCCAGGCAAUGAAGGAGAUGCGGGAUGCACUCAGCAGGUACCACUCAGUGUCAGAGAUGAUGUGCAGGAAGGAAUUAAGCGUGUUUUUCAGGCAGAAGGCAGCAGAUUUUGAGUGUUUGUUUGUCCUUCUGAGCGGAGUGGAGUACUUGAGGAGCAGCCGAUCGAGUGAAUACAGGAUGAAGAUGAUAUCGCAUGCUAGCCGUGGAUAUGUGCAGAUUGCAGAUGAUCUAGCGCAUGUUUUUGAGUCUAUGAAGCUGAUGAUUGCGCCAAAGGGUGAUGUUUUUACGUGUCUGCAGGUUGUAUUUGACCCUGAAUAUCUCUUGCCAAGGCUUUAUGAGCCAGGCACAGACAGCGGAUGUGCUGGCGAGGAGGGCAUCCAGAGCAGCUGCAGUAUGGACGCAGAGUCUGCCAUUGAAUUUGGAGAAAUACACAGGGCAAGCAGAAUGUAUCUCAGUAGAGAGGAUCUGUCUGUAUACAGAAGUGUGAAGGUUGAGAGUGGAAUGGUUUUCCUGGAGGACGAGCACUUUUUGUUUACACUGGCGCUGUGUGGAGAUAUUUCGAAGCCCCAGUGGAAACUGAUUGAUGUUCGGGGAGAGGAUGAUACAUUCAGCAGGCACCUGCUUUUUUGCAUGCCUAGUAGUGUAAGCGCAAUAUCGAGUUUUUCCAGGGCCUACAAGUCGCACUUCACGAUGAGGCAAAUGUUUCUGACAGUAAAGGCGGCCUCUGUGUAUGCUGACAUGGAGGUGAAUGGGCACUAUAGAAGGUUCGAGGUUGUUGUUGGCAAGUUCAAGAUGUCAGUGAAAAUUGAGGGGCAUGCGAUUCUUGGAUGGAUAGAUGUUGGUAACGAGACGGCGUGUAUUGGAGAGAAUGAGAUGCAAACCCAUGCUGAUGGAAUACAAAGGAAUGCCAUUGAGGAGUUUGAGUACAGGGUUUCGAAUUACCUGUGCAAAGAUGGCGCAGAUGUCCGAUUUUCAUUCAGCAAGGGAUUUGUAGUAGACGGUAGGCCGUUUAGAAGUGUCUUGGACCUGGAGAUUUUUUUGGACAAGGAUCGGGAAAACAGUGUUUUUUAUGAGUUUUUUGAAAAGAUAGGGCGUGCUGUGCAGGAGGGAGCAGGUCAGAGAUGCAAUGUUUUCAGGAACUACAGGAGCGAGGUGUUUGGGGAAAAGAAUGUGUUUAUUGCCAAGAGCCGGGCAUUUGUGUGCGUGUGUCUUGCAGGACUUACAAGCACACACAUGGAUCUGAAGGUGUAUGCAGGGAACCAUGAGAUUAUAGAAUUUUUGGACUAUGCAGAGGUUUUGCUGGCAAUGGAAGGGCAUGGAAGAGUGAUAGGGAUUGCAAACAGUAGCUGUGAUGAAAGUGAGAGUGUACUAGAUGCAAAAGGCGGCGUGCAAAUACGGAGGACGAUUCCGAUAGAGCGUAUCUAUGAAUACUUUAUGCAGAGCAUGAAUAUGUUAUUUUUAGUGCAUAGCGCGUGCUCUAUUGCGAAUCAAGCGGUUGUAGUUAUGGAUCGAAUGCUUGUGAACCAUAGUGUGUGUGGAGACGAAGUAUGUAUUGCCGUGAACCCAAAAGAGCAUAAUCUUGCGGUAUCUACAGGUUUUCUUGCAGCAUCAAGUGCUCCAGUAGAAAGGAUGGUGAGGAGCGAUGCAUUUGAGGAGUAUGUAAGAUUUGUGGUUUUUAUGUUUGAUAUCAAGAUGGAUUUUGAGAAGAAAGAUUGCAGAACAGAUUUUGACUCGGUGAACGGUGUUGACAUAGUCUCGAUGGAUGUGGAAAGAGGGCUUGUGAUGCGGGUUGGCGGCAUGAAUGUGAUUCUUUCAUUUGACGAAUUUGAAGGAAAAAUGAAUCUUGAGACAGAUGCAUUUGGAAUGGAUGAUGUUUUGGAAUGUGUUCCAAAGACACAUGCAGUCGAUGUAUUGGUUUGCUUCGGUGCAUUCUUUUCAAAAGGCCUUAUUCCAUGUGUGUGCACAUCAUCUGGGCUGGUAUUCAAAUUCAGGCACACAUCGCAAGGGACAUUAAGAUUGAGAAAGAUGAGCAGGAGUGUAUAUAAGGUGUAUGCACAGGGAAUGAAUGGAGUUUUUGAUGAGUUCAACGGAAUAUCGAUGGGAGUAAGUACGGAGCUGAUUCAGAAGCUUCAUCAAUUGUAUUACGAUGAACGAAUACAACAGAUAGCAAGUCUUGCAAGAAUGGAGUAUGAAGUAAAGGAAACAGACAGUGAAGUGGUGAUUAUUACUCCAUGUGGUCGGUUCAAAGCCAGUGUUGAUGGAAACAAGUGGGAGUUUACGAUGAUGCUGAGCAUAGUGAAACUGAAUGAAGAGGCUGUAAAUGCAGUUUGCGUGCAUUUCAAUAAGGAGCUUACGAUUGGAAGAAAUAUACCAAUAUUGCUGAGAGUGUUGAGAAGCGAUGCGAACAUUCUGAGAUUAGCUGAGAGCCUUGGGCUUGCAAACACAUUGGCAAGCGAAUAA